CUCUCAUGGGAGGCAGAAAGGGGCCGAGGAGCUGGCCUCAGCUCCGGGAGAGGCUGGACUUCCUGUCUCCGUGUGCUGAAUGGCUGCGAUGGCGCCCGCUCUCACUGACGCAGCAGCUGAAGCACACCACAUCCGGUUCAAACUGGCUCCCCCAUCCUCCACCUUGUCCCCUGGCGGUGCCGAAAAUAACGGCAACGCCAACAUCCUUAUUGCUGCCAACGGAACCAAAAGAAAAGCCAUUGCUGCAGAGGAUCCCAGUCUAGAUUUCCGGAAUAAUCCUACCAAGGAAGACUUGGGAAAGCUGCAGCCAUUGGUGGCAUCUUAUCUUUGCUCUGAUGUAACACCUGUUUCCUCAAAGGAAUCUUUGAAAUUGCAAGGAGUCUUCAGCAAGCAGACAGUCCUUAAAUCUCAUCCUCUCUUAUCACAAUCGUAUGAACUCCGAGCUGAGCUAUUGGGGAGACAGCCCGUUUUGGAAUUUUCCUUAGAAAAUCUUAGAACCAUGAAUGCUAAGCGGUCAGACAGCUUUGCCACAAGCUCCUGUAAAUGGGUUGGCUAAGAAAUUGACUAAAAGUUCAGCACAUUCUGAUCAUGACAAUUCCACUUCCCUCAAUGGGGGAAAACAAGCUCUCGCUUCAUCUGUUCUUCAUGGGGGUGAAGUGGAGGGAUCCGAGUCUGGGGACUUGAAGGGGGGUAUGACCGAUUGCACUCUUCCACACAGAAGCCUUGAUGUAGAACACACAAUUACACAUAGCAAUAAUAGCACUGCAAACAAAUCUUCUGUCAAUUCCAUGGAACAGCCGGCACUUCAAGGAAACAGUAGAUUAUCACCGGGUACAAACUCCAGCUCUAACUCGGGGGGCGUCAAAGUAGAGGGUAAAAACUCUCCCUUGUCUUCCAUUCUUUUCAGUGCUUUGGAUUCUGACACGAGGAUAACAGCUUUAUUGCGGCGGCAGGCUGAUAUUGAGAGCCGUGCCCGCCGAUUACAAAAGCGCUUACAGGUUGUACAAGCCAAGCAGGUGGAGAGGCAUUUGCAGCACCAGCUGGGUGGAUUUUUGGAGAAGACUUUGAGCAAAUUGCCAAACUUGGAAUCCUUGAGACCCAGGAACCAAUUGAUGUUGACUCGAAAGGCUGAAGCUGCCUUGAGAAAAGCUGCCAGUGAGACUACCACUUCAGAAGGACUUAGCAACUUCUUGAAAAGUGACUCAAUUUCAGAAGAAUUGGAAAGAUUUACAGCUAGUGGCAUAUCCAACUUGAGGUGCAGUGAACAAGCCUUUGAUUCUGAUGUCACUGACAGUAGUUCAGGAGGGGAGUCUGACAUAGAAGAGGAAGAACUGACCAGAGCGGAUCCUGAGCAGCGUCACGUGCCCCUGUGAGUAGAACCCGUGCCUGUUGUCCUUGAGGAUUGUGGGGAAAAGGAGGAAAGACUGAAGGAACCCUCAUGGUGGAGAGAGAGAUUCUGCAUAGGUGUUCUAGGUUCCAUUUGUCUGUUUCCUGAUCUUAGGUAGGCUGUUGGUUUAGUUUCUAGUGAAAAAUGGAAGGUAUUUCCAUUGUGUGUGUAUUGUAGGCUAAAAGGCCUUGAUUUCCUUUCAAAUCUUACUUAUUAAGAAAAAAGCAAGAUAACUGGGUUGCAGAAUUGUACCAGUACUUUCACAGUGAGCAAUUUAGCUUUCUUUUGAAGCUUUAGGACAUCUUGGUUAAGUGUUCGUGGCUUGACUAUUCAGAUUUUGUUAUUUCUAGUAAGUGGAGAACAAAGGUUUAGUUGA